AUGACUAGUUUCAAAGCCAUGCACGAUUAUGAUGAUGAUAAUGAUGGACCUAUAAUGAGAAGGAAAACAACAACAUCAUCUAAUGUCGACAGCAAGCAUGAAUAUGAUUCAAAGAUGAUGACAACAACAACAUCUGACAGCGGCAUGGUGGUGUCCCCGUCUGUACUGCCAUCGGGGUCUAAUAAAUCAAAGCAAUCGCAGGUUGGAGGAGAUUCCAGAUUUCCUUAUACUGUGGAAGAAAAUUCCAAAUUGAUGGACGAAGAUAAAAUGAAUUUGACGUCAUUGUUCCAGUUGCCGUCGUCUAGUGACAGUAUUAAGCAAGUCUCUGAAACAGCAAACACAGAUGACCAAGAUGAUGAAGAGGACAACCUUACGCUCAUCGAGAGAAAGGAAAAACUUGAAGAGGACAACCUUACGCUCGCCGAGAGAAAGGAAAAACUUGAAGCUGCUUCUGCAUUGGAUAGGAUAUCCAAAACUAAAAUAGCAGCAAAAAAGGUGACUUCUUCUUCACUCAAGUGUGCAUCAAAGAAAAUAAUAAAGAGCAGGUCUAAGUCGACGAAUUUACACCUCAAUUCUGGUGCCGGAAAGAAAUGGACUACUUUUGCACACAACGGUAUUGUAUUACCACCUCCAUACAAGCCGCACGGAGUGAAGAUGCUCUACAAUGGAGAACAGGUUGAAUUGACUCCCGAACAGGAGGAGGUUGCGACCAUGUUUGCAGUCAUGAAAGACACGGAGUUUGCUGCGAAACCAAAGUUUAUAGAAAACUUCAUGAAUGAUUGGAGAGUCAUACUUGGGAAAGAACACGUUAUCAAAAAAUUCCAUCUGUGUGAUUUCACUCCAAUCUACGAUUGGCAUCAGAAUGAGAAAGACAAGAAAAAACAGUUGAGCGCACUAGAAAGAAAAGCCUUGAAAGAAGAAAAGCUGAAGGAGGAUGAGAGGUACAUGUGGGCUUUUGUCGAUGGCAAAAAAGAGAAGGUUGGAAAUUUUAGAGUCGAACCACCAGGGCUUUUCCGCGGCCGUGGGGAGCAUCCUAAGAUGGGAAAGCUGAAACGUAGAAUUCGUCCAGACGAGAUUACAAUAAAUAUAGGAAAAGGUGAACCUGUUCCAGAAUGUCCAAUCCCUAAUGAAAGGUGGAAAGAAGUGAAGCAUGACAAUACUGUUACCUGGUUAGCAUUUUGGAAAAAUCCAAUUGAUCCGAAAGCAUUCAAGUACGUCUUUUUAGACGAUACUAGCUCAUGGAAAGGCCAAAGUGACAAGGACAAAUAUGAGAAAGCAAGGCUACUCAAGGACUACAUACUCGAUAUAAGAGCAAAUUAUAGAAAGGACUUUAGGAACAAAGAUCUAAUGAAGCAACAAAUUUCCGUGGCUGCUUACCUUAUUGAUAUGUUGGCCCUCAGGGCCGGGAACGAGAAGGAUGACGAUGAAGCUGACACAGUUGGUUGUUGUACAUUGAAAGUUGAGAAUGUCAGCUUAGUGCCUCAGACAAACAAGUUAGAGAUCAACUUCCUUGGAAAAGAUUCGAUUAAAUAUGAAAACACUGUUGAAGUCGACCCUCUUGUUUAUAAAGCAAUUGGAGAGUUUAAAAAGGGUAAAUUGAAAAAUGUACCGAAAAUUGCAUUGGAUUUCUUUGUUUGGGCAAAAGAACAGCCAGGUUACCACCAUGACGGGGUUUCUUAUGAUAUGUUGAUCGAUAUCAUGGGAAAAGCACGACAAUUUGAUGUCGCUUGGUAG